AUGGCGGGAAAGAGAUUGUGCCUUGGCUGGAAUCGGUUGCUUUUAUGUCUGCCCAUAGUUAUCUUCGUUCCCUAUUUGCUCUCAGUUAAGGAGCUCCAUCAACAAACGGAUUUGGGAGAUUUACAUAAAGUGAAGCAGAAGAAAUUCGAUCACCUUGUUCUUGGCCCUGCUGCUGGCGAGGGACUGCCCGACCGUUUGCAAUGCCGAGAGAGAAAGGCUCUUAGCAAGAUGCGAUUUGGAACAUCCAUUAACAGGUCUCAUUCAAUGGAUGGGGUAGUUUUCGUCACUGUUUUUACUACCUACAACUCCACUGUUGAGAGUAGACCGGUUGAUUUGGUAACUGUUGGAAACAUGUCGUAUAACAAAGUUGAGAGAUCAAGGGCCAUUCUCAAUGCUUUCAUAAAUUUCAUUCAGGUUACCAUGCCUCAAAGUAAUGUUAUCAUUCUUACUGACCCCGCCUCUGACCUUUCACUGCAUCGAGACAUGGUUACUGUAAAACCGAUACCAGGUGAAUAUUCCCGAGACAAGUUGAUGCUCCAAAGAAUCAGGUCUUACAUUGCCUUCCUAGAAGCAAAGCUCGAGAAGCUGACUCAAAAGCAGGAGCAAGUCGCUCAUUUCAUUUUCACGGACUCUGAUAUAGCUGUAGUGGAUGACCUAGGACGAAUAUUUACCGACUAUCCUAGUUUUGAUGUAGCUCUCACCUUCAGAAACAACAAAGAGCAACCUCUAAAUUCAGGUUUCAUUGCAGUUAGGGGAACUCCCGAAGGGAUUAAAAGGGGAAUGGCUUUCUUACACGAAGUGCUGGAAGCUUAUACUUCAAGAUUCAUGAGAGCUUCACGGAUGCUUGGAGAUCAAUUAGCCCUUGCGUGGGUUGUUAGAUCUCACCCUAAUUUUAAUGUCAAUAAAUUUUCUAGAAGAGAAGCCUUUCAAGACAAAAUUGGUGGUGCCUCGGUACUAUUUUUGCCAUGCUCAACUUAUAACUGGACACCACCAGAAGGUGCAGAUGACACACGUCCGUCCAACCAGAAAGCUGUUCGUUCUAUCAGUCAUUAA